CUCAGAAUCAUCCUCUAUACCAGCAUUGCUGCUGCCGCUGCUGCUGCUGCUGAGCCUGCGACGUUACGGCGGAUGAGAAAAAGCGAAUAAUGUCCCCUCUUUUUUUCAGCUUCAGUCAAAUGGACGCAUAGUUCGGAGCGGAAACAAGUAAAGUACCAACCUGUGAUGGAAGCUUGGUUUGGCAGAAGUGAGUCUUAGACAAAGAAGCAAACUUCUCUCUCAAGUCUUUUGGAAAAUCCUCUACUCACUCUUUCAUGAUUGCUAACUGAGAGGGCGCAACGCAAUUGUGCCUUGAGAAAGCCAACUGACGACAGAGCGGGCAACAGAGCCGAGGUCCUGAGAGAGCAUGAAGACAAGCUGCUCCGACUCCCCCGGCUGCAGCCUAACAAGAUAUGACGUAACCCGGGUGACCUGCUAAUCAAGCAUGAUAGCCCCGAAGCUGUGACUGAAAGGCCCUUUUGGAGACGGACGGACACCAUAGCUACUUUCUUGUCUGGCCCUCCUCCCUAUGUGCCUGCCCCUGCAUUCCUUCCCCUGAUUACAAAAAACAUCUUCUUUCAUCUCCAUCAUGGAGAGUCUUUCCAGCAAGUCGGCUUUCAUUGUUAUUCUCUCCGCCCUCCUAAUUGCCAGCCGCUUCCCCGGCACGGUCAACGGGGACUGCUGGCUCAUCGAAGGGGACAAAGGUUACGUGUGGCUGGCGAUCUGUAGUCAGAACCAGCCGCCGUACGAGACCAUUCCGCAGCACAUCAACAACACGGUUCAUGACUUGAGACUCAAUGAGAACAAGCUGAAAGCGGUGCACUUCAACUCCAUGUACCGCUUUACCAACCUCACGGACCUCAAUCUUACCAAGAAUGAAAUUAGCUACAUUGAAGACGGAGCCUUUUCGGGGCAAGCUAACCUACAGGUUCUUCAACUGGGCUACAACAAGUUGACCAACCUGACAGAGGGUAUGAUGAGAGGACUGGGCCGCAUGCAAUGUCUUUUCCUCCAACACAACCUCAUCGAGGUGAUCGCCAGCAAUGCGUUGUGGGAGUGCCCCAGCCUGAGCAGCAUCGAUCUGUCGUCUAACAAACUGGCCCGUAUCGAUCCGUCGACGUUCACCGUUCUCAACCGCCUCAUGGUUUGCGAACUGGCCGCCAAUCCGUUCCAUUGCGGCUGCGAUCUUUAUAGUUUCCUCACCUGGCUGGAAUCCUUCAACAACGUCACCCACACCUACGAUCGACUCCAGUGCGAGACGCCCAGGGAGAUGUUUGGAUUUCCCCUACUGAGUCCCAUCGCCGCCGGUCACGCCGGUCGAAACGCCAAAAACAUUUUAUCCUCUCACUGCGUAGGCGGCGUGAUGACGUCCCUUCCGCCAGACCCGGAUGGUCCGUCUGGAAUGGGUCCGGAGAUGUUUGGACCUUACCACCAACCCAACGCUUCCACGUCCACAGAAAACAAUUUCAUUCCCAGCCUCAAGCUCGAUCAGGUGUCCUUGUCCUCGGCCUCUUUCUUCGUCCAGAUUCCCAGGCCGUUCAGCAAAAUGUACAUCCUGACCCAACACAACCACACCGAUGUCUCCGAUGUUAUGACUCUGAAGCACAAGAAGGAGAAAAUCACCGUCAACAAGCUCAAACCACACACCAAUUACACCUUCUGCGUGGCCUCCAUCCGGAACUCCCAGCGAUAUAACCACACGUGCCUCCAAUUUUCCACCCGUUCUCAAAAUCCAAACCACAUUCUCCCCACACCGUCAACCACCACACACUACAUCAUGACCAUUGUGGGUUGUCUGUUCGGCAUGCUCAUAGUUUUGGGCUUUGUCUAUUACUGUUUACGCAAAAAACGCAUGCACGACGAGAAAAAGAAGUCCAUCUGCGUCAAGAAGACGAUACUGGAAAUGCGUUACGGACCCGAGGUGGCGGCGGCAGUUGCCAACGAUCCAGCGGCGGUCCACAAGCUUCAGGAACACUCCAGAGAACACCACCAAUAUCACCACCACCAUCACGGGGCCAAGCUUCCCAUGUCUACGUCCUCGAGCUCUGGAAUGCUUCACUCGGCUAACACCAGUUCCUCCAGACUGUCCUCUAUUCCGCAAGUCGAAAAAAUGGCUACUGCCUUCUCGGAGGCCAUGACGGGUAAAGGAAACUACAUGGACAUCAGAAGCGGAGGGGCGGGAAUGGAGAGGCACGGCGGAGAUAGCGGCCACGGAGCUAUGAGAGGGGAAGAGCUAAGGGACGACGACGGCACCGAAGUCGGGGACGACUCGGAUGACGGGCACGGCUCGGCGUCGGAGAUCUCGACAAUCGCCAUGGAGGUCGACAAAGUCAAUCAGAUUAUAAACAACUGCAUCGAUGCGCUCAAACUGGAUGCGGCGGCCGUCGCGGCUUCGGGCUCCUCUCCCAAUUCUAUGCCGUCCUCCAACCCAACCUCCCCUCCCCCAAACAGCACCGCCGCUCUUACUCGUGGUUUAAUAACUCUUUCUCAAGGGAUGACUGAAUCAUGCCAAGUGAACAAAAUUCCACCUCCGCCCCCGCUCCCUGCUUUGAAUACCCCACUUUCUGAGCGCCCGGGGAUCAGCGGCGGUGGAUUCGUUGUUAGCCCCCCCUACAGGCCGCCUCCGCCUGCCAAUGCCGUCCGCCCCAUUCAGCGCCAAAUGAGUGCGGAUGCAGCUGUGGUGAUUGUAAACGCCGUCAAGAAACAGAGCAGCACCGCCUCUUGCGGAUCUGUGGGACGCGAUCGGGAUCGCGGAGGACUCGAUCGGGACCGCGGAGGACUCGAUCGGGACCGCGGAGGACUCGAUCGGGACCGCGGAGGGGCUCGCGUCUACAGCCUGGAUGUUCCCGAGCCGAGGAGUCCGGAUGGCUGCAAUCAACAACCACAGUACCAAGACCGUGCGAGUCCUGUGGGCUGUGGGGAACCCCUGGAAAGACUGCCGUUAGUGGGGAGUAUGAGCUGCACCGGAGGGGGUGGCGGUGCUUGCGACAGUGGUGGUGUUGGUGGCCAACAUCAGGAAAACCAAAAUCCGCACCAUUACCAGCAACAGCAGCAACAGCAGCAGCAGUUGGAGGUGCAGCAAGACUACCAUUGCUCAGAGCACCGCCACUCCGUCCCAGCUCUGUACUACGAUGGCUCCCAUCAGGGUUCCCCAGCCCAGAGGGUUUCCUUCCUAAAGCCGCUGUCCCGCUCCCGUAAGGAUGCCGCCUCCUACUCCCAGCUUUCGCCAGCUCGCCACCAUUCCAGUUACUCUGGCUACUCUUCCAGUCCCGAGUACUCCUCAGAGAACACACUGAGGAUCUGGGAGCGCUUUCGACCUUACCGUAAAGGCCAGCGUGACGAGGCCUGCUACGUGACGGCCGGUAACGCCCUUCGGAAAAAGGUGCAAUUCGCCAAAGGCGAGGACCUCCAUGACAUCCUGGAUUACUGGAAGGGGGUGUCGGCGCAGCAGAAGCUUUAACUUGGGGAGCGCUAAGAAGCAUUGUGAGUGGGGGGGAAAAAAAAAAGCUUGUUUACGUCUGCUUCUGAGCUGGAGAAACUUCUUAAAGGGAAGGAACGUGUUGGACACGGUUUGCCUUUUAUUUUUCUUGGCAUGCUCAAGUGUAUAGAGUAUUGUGCGCCCAGCACGGACUGUCCCUGGGAUACCAGAGAUAAGUCUUUUAUUUUACACUUUCAUUGUAGCACCAUUUCUGGAUUCUUCUUACAACUGCAGGUUUUGUUUCUGGUCACAGGAAACAAAAGCCGACUGUGCAGUCUGCUAAUACUCAUGCGGUCACAUUUUGUGAUCUUUUAGACAGUACUUACACAGUGCCAUGUUUUUAGAUCCCAUCAGAGCUUAAUGUGAUAUUUUGAUGGCUCGUUUGGAGUUGAGCACAUGUGAAGCAAAUGGCGGCGCCCUUUCGUCCCCACGGGGCAGACGUAUUGACAUUAGAACGGCAGCCUCCGCGCAGGAGAAAGUCAAAUAAAUGCCACCGCAAAGCGGAGCAUGCAUCGAAACAGCAACAGAAAUGAAAUCAUUGUCGGAAACAUGGCGGUUCACCACAUUUUGGUCUGACGAAUGAAAUUUGAUGCUCCUAUCAAAAGAUCUGGUAUCAAUGCCAAUGAAUUUGAAGGAAGUCCAAUUCAUGUAAAUUCCAUCAAACUUUACAAAACACAUUCCAAAACCUUUGAUAUUCAAAUUGAACCAAUAAGAAAAGUCCUCAUUUCAAUUUACUGCCAACAUUGUGGUUCUUUUUGCUAUCAUAUGACGGGCGUGUUGGCUUGCACCUUAUGGCUUCAGUGUGUGCGUGUGUGUCGUGCACAGUGGUCAGUGUAAGCGGGUGUCGGCAUACCUUGUCAGAUUUCAUGCCCAGAUUGAUUUCAAUGAAUUCUUGUGAAUAUCCUGUUUAAUAAAUGUAGAAUUCCUUCCAUAUGAUGAAACAACAGCAGUAUUUGUUAUUUUCCAGACAUUAUGUACAUCUGGACCCGAUAUAAUAUCUAAAGUAGCCCUGUGCCUCUCGCUACGACGUCCACGAUUUCUUUUUUGUACUUUUUUCUUCAUUCCAUCGCAACAAUCUGAUUGGGAUCUCCAAUCUGCCUACCUAAACCGCUGUGAAACAUUAAUCUAUUUUUUUUUUCCUACCCUCAAAUGUGAAAACUGAAGUGAUCCUUGCCUCGCGUUUGUAUUUAGGGCUAUACUGAAAACAAAUAUGUUCCAGAGGCAUUUCUAAAUUCAGGUCUUUCUAGACAAAUUCAUCAAUUUCCUGCUACCGCAUGUUGAUUGUAUGUAGGAGUUGUAAGGGACGAUGCUUGGGAUAGCUUUAACUGUGAGCAUAAGUGGAAAGCAAAUUAUUAUUAUUUUUUUUACUUUUUGGUGUAGAGUAUCUCAAUUUGGUUAUGAGCUCAUUUUCCGGCAUAUUUCUUUCAUCUGUCGUCAAAAUGAAUAGUAGGAUUUUGUAAUGCAGUAUUAAUAGGAGGGCCGUUCCCAGUUAGCAGAUUUUGCUUUGAAUGAAUUUUCGAUUUCAUCGCUUCCAUUUGUUUUUUGUUGUGAUUAUCAAGGGUAUGGAGAGACUCAUCAUAAUUUGUGUGUUAGCUGAAACAAGGGAUGGACAUUUGACUUGUUUUUGCCUAAUGUGCUUUAUUUGGUCAAACAAAACAAAAAUCAAUCGGUUGUUAUUUUUAAUACAUUAGAAUCUCUUUCUGAAAGUUUUUGAGCGGAAUUGAAGUCUUUUGUUGGCUCCUCAUAUCUUAGCAAAGGACUCCAAAAUUCUCCUGACAACAUGCUUUUUUUCUUCUUUUUUCAUCUGUCGCCGAAUUAGCCACACCUUCUUUUUGCACAUGAUGGAAGUUAUUCACUUUCGGAUCUUCUACAAUGUGAAAAAGUUGCCAAGUUACUGUGAUUCCAAGUCAAUAUUUUGCAUUUACAUGAAGGACUCUUCUGUUUUAAUCAAACAGAUGUGUUCCUCUGCUCAAUCAAUUCCACAUUUAAAGAUUUGACUUUUCAUUGGGAAUGAUUUUGCGAUACUUAUGCGUCACAACCAGUGAGCGCUUCUGACACUGUCAGCGAGAUUGUUUUUCCAUCAGUGAACUAACUCCUGGCAUAAAUCAUAAAACCCAAAUUGAUUCGUUUCUUUGGCUAAUUAGUUUUAGAUGCGUUGUAUUUGAAGACAAGGGAAUGACUUAGCCAUUCAUGCACAAUCACUUUCUUAAUUAUAAUUCUAAAACAAUUGCUUAUAAGUAAUGAAAUGAUUUUGCAUCGUAUUGAAUCGCCAAAAACAUUUCAGGCAAGAUUACAAACAAAAAAUGAUUUUUGUGAACUGGAUUUUAUUAUUUGUUGUAUGAUUUAUUAUUAUUUUUAUUUUUAGCCUUCCUAUGCCAUUCUCGCUGCUCAACAGUGAGUCAGAAUGAGUCACACAAAAUAAAGAGAGACAUUUUAUUGAAAGGCAAUUCUAAUGAGAAAGGUCUUUGGCACAAUGAAGGCACACACAUGGCUAAUAUACAAUAAUGUGGAAAUUUCAACAUUCUCCCCAACUGACCUCGUCAGAUUUUGAAGAGAAGCAAGUAAGCUUGGUCUGGCUAGCGAGUGCCCGCUUUAAAUAAAUCAAAAGCAGCCCAUCUGGAAAGCCUUAAAAAGGGUUUUACUUUGCUUUUAACUCUAAAGCAGAAAUUAAUUAGGCCUGACAGCAAAUGAUUUCAUCUUCCUUCCCCUUUUUAUGAAACUAUCUAUUAGGGCUUGAUAGUUCACUGCAUUUCAGUCAAAUGCAUGUCUUUUUUUCUUUUUUUUUUUGCUACGUUGCUCUGAAGUUGUACUUCCAAGUCCCGACAAAUGGCUUUACUGAUUUCUUGGUCACUCUUCACAUUUUACAGUGAAAACACUUCCCACGCGUCCUCUCAAUUCGCCAAGCACUUUAAGCUGAAGAGAGAAAAAAAUAAAUAUACGUAUAUAUAAGGUAGAGUUGAACAGGCUACUCAAUGUGCCAUCAUUGAAAGAAUGUGUGCCAUGGUCAUGGCCUCAAAUGUGUUUCUUCUGAAGUGCACCAAAAUUCCAAAUUGAAUUUCCAAAUCUUUACAGGAGUGCCCACGCCAAAUGUUUGUCACUAUUCAAAAAUAGAUUCUAUUUGGUGAAAACAUCCCUGUACAGUAUUUGUAUUUUGGCUUUGGUUUCCAAAGAACAAAACGAUCUGUGAAUUAUGUUAUUUUGUACACACAUUAAAAAAGAAAAAAAAAAAUCGAUGUAAAAAUGCUUCUAUGGAUGUUUUAUACUCAGCCUGAGCUCUUGGUACGCUGUCUGUGUGUUUAUUUUUUAUUGUUGUUUUUUUUCAUGUAUUUCUGAUCUGCAAUUUCUUUUUGUCUUAUGUGAGGGUGCUGAGACUUUAUUACAUGCGGUGAUAUACGUUAUAACAGAUUAAAAGCAGAGGAAGAUUAUAAUAGUAUGCUACGUAAAAGAAAGUUGUAUAUUUGCAUGAUUCUCUGUCAUUUUGGAGACAAAAAAAAAUGUAUAUUGUUGUGUACGAUGAGUGGACAUACAAUGAAACAAAAAUAAUAGGGGCUCUACGUAUAAGCAUUUUUUUUUUUUUUAGCUUUUUCAAAAUUCUGUGUAACUUGAUAUUUACAUUGCUACUUUUUACGCAAAAACGUCUGAACAGGUUAAGAAACUAUCCCUCCACAUUGAAAAGUUGUAACUCUUGAAAUUUGCGCCAACUAUUUAACAUGGAUUGCUGUUUUUUCAGAUAAAUACAUCAUCUGGUUCUAAUUUGCUCAUUGAAGAAUUUU